AUGAUGGAUACUGCACAGUCUCUCGUUUCCCGGAAGUCCUCUGACUCGGGCCUGCACAUCCAGUUGCAUCCGUUGGUCUUGCUCACCAUAUCUGACCACAUUACCCGGCAUACCGCACGGCAGCAACAAGGCCCGAUCGUUGGGGCUCUCUUGGGUCAGCAGAAUGGGCGCGAGAUAACACUGGAGCAUGGAUUUGAAUGUCCAGUUACUACUGGAACCAAUAACGAAACUCUCUUGCCUACAACAUGGUUUGAAGAACGGCUAAAGCAGUUCAAGGACGUACAUAAAGACCCGGCUCUUGAUCUAGUUGGAUGGUGGUCCACUGCUGCCCCCACAGGUCCCGAUGCCUCAUACCUUCCCUUGCAUCAGCAGAUCCUCCAGGACUACAAUGAGUCGGCCGUGUUCCUGGCCUUCCACCCCUCACAACUUCAAUCGAGGUCAAAUGGAGCCAAGCUGCCAUUGACGAUAUACGAGAGCGUGUUAGAGGGCGAUGCAACUGGCGAUGGAUCCAAGGAUAUGCAGAUAGAUGGCGAGGAGCAAACGCAAAAUAUUCGGUUCCGCUCUCUUCCAUACUCUGUGGAGACAGAGCAAUCGGAGAUGAUUGGAUUUGAUACCAUUGCCCAGGUCGCUGGGACCGCAUCUCGAAGUGAGAUUCCAUCUCAAACAACUACGGCAAGCACGAGCCAACAGGGUGGUGUUAAGCAACAGAAGAGCUCCCAAGUCGAACUAUCACAAGAUGAAGAAGAAUUGCUUGCAAACCUUAACACCCGACUUAAUGCCAUUCGUACCCUGGAAUCGCGCAUCUCGCUUAUCAAAUCAUACGUUUCCUCCAUCUCUGAAUCAGGGAACGCCGAGGAAGAUACACCCUCCUCCAAGCCUUCGCAUGCCAUCCUUCGCAACACCAACUCUCUCCUGUCUCAUCUUUCAAUCCUUUCCCCCGACGAACAGAGCAGCUUUUCCUCGGAAGUUCUCUCCCAAAGCAAUGAUGUUAUGCUAGUUUCUCUAUUAGGUCAAAUGGGGGACAAUGUAAAGGCAAUGCGCGAACUCGGUCGCAAGUCAGCAAUUAUCCAAUCUUCUCGCAACGCGACUAUUGCACGCAAGAACCCUAGCCUUAUGGCAAGUCGAUUCGAAGAUGAACUCUUUGCUCAGGGUAUGAUCCCUGGAAACGGUGACAUUGCUGGGAUGUAUGCCUGA